AUGGCGGCGGCUUCCACUUCGACAAAUCCUAGCCCCGAGAUUUCUUCUUCGACUGACUCUCAUUCAGCAGCUUCCGGCUGGAAACCACGGCCAAACUUCCCCCCCGGCGCUAGCAGCCCGGACAAGCCAAUCAUUGACCCAGUAUAUCUUCCAGGCGGAAAGAAAUCUCUCUCAGGAAUAUCCAUUCGCUCGUUUUUACUUGGCCAGGCUGCAGGCACCUGUGCCGUUUUAUCUGCAUUGCUUUACACUGGUUCUAACCCGCUAUGGCGCGUUCCGUUCUUCGUCGCAACGUUAGCCUUAUUCCACUUUCUCGAAUACUACGUUACCGCUCGGUAUAACAACUACUUUGCAAAGAUUUCCGCUUUUCUAUUGACUCAGAAUGGCAUGGCUUACAACAUCGCCCACGGAUCUGCAGUCGUGGAGUGUUUACUCGCUCAUACAUUCCUUCCAGAUCGAUAUUUUCAGCUGACGGGCGCAGUCUUCGGCGGAAUAAAAUACCAAGUGAUGCUAGGGCUGGCGCUGAUGGUCGUAGGUCAAAUUGUUCGAUCUCUGGCAAUGGUACAGGCAGGAGUUAGUUUCACACAUACUAUUCAACAUCAUCGAAGGGAGGAGCAUCGGCUGGUAAAAGAUGGGAUUUACAGCAUUCUUCGACAUCCAAGCUACUUUGGAUUCUUCUGGUGGGGCUUGGGCACGCAGCUGGUGUUGGGAAAUACCGUUUGCUUCUUGGGAUAUGCUGUUGUGCUCUGGGAGUUCUUUUCCUCGCGAAUUCGGACCAUAUCCUACCUCAUAUAUCUCCCUGCAUCCUCCUCCCAGCGCACCGGCAGCCCAUCCAUGUGCCACGUCCGCACCCACAUUCACAACAUCUGCAAGUGCGAAACUCACCAUAUCCGCAUCUGCAACACCUUUCAAAUCCCGCCAUGUCCCUCAUACCCCGCCGGCAGCUCCCGCUUCCUUCAAGUCCGCAACUCCCAGUUCAUCCCAGGGAUUCUCUCGCAUUGUCCAAAUCUUGACACUUAUCCGGAUGUCGUGGACCCCUAUCCGUGCUCGAAACACUGGAAUAUGUUAGGGGAACAGCCUUGUCUCGUGCUGGGCCCUCCCCGAACAGAAUCUCGAUAUGAAUAUAUUGACGGAGGAUCGGAGACAUUGGAGGCACGAGAAAUCUCAGGAAAGAGCCACGGCAAACUAGAUAAGGGUUCGAAACACUUUUUAAAUAAUCGAGGCGAGCGGUGCGGUUCACAAGGCCAGACACCGUCCGAAUUGCGUGAACAGCGCAACCAGUCUCCUGGAAGCCGCCGAUCCAAUGAUGAAAAGAAGUGCUGGCGAAUUUGGAAUCUAUGGGGCCUGCUCGAUUCGUGA